AUGGGGGUGGGGGUGUGGUUUGGGGGUGUAUUGGGGAUGGGGGGGUGGGGUAUGGGGGGGUGGUGGGGGGGUUGGGGGGGAUGGGGGGGGUGGUGUGUGGUGUGUUUGUGGGGUGGUUUGGGGUUGGUGGUUGGGGUGGUUUGUGAUGGUGUUUGGGGGGGGGUUGGGUGGGUUGGUUUGGUUGGGGGUUGGUUGUGUUUGGGGUGGGGGUGUGGUGGUUGUGUGAUGGUUGGGGGUUGUGUGGGGGGUGUUGUGGGUGUUGUGGGGGUGAGUGAUGUUUGGGUGGAGUGUUAUUUGUUUGGUGGGUUUGUGGUUUGUGGUUGA